ACUUCUGAAACUGGGGAGGAGAAAAUUCUCGAGCACUUCCCAGAACACAGACAUGAAUGCCAGGAUGCAAACUGGCCAGCUGUAUUGCCGCAUGACGUAGUUUUAGCUGGUUGAAUGGUAGUGAAGUCCCUGGUGCAAGGAAGAGACCUGGUGGAGAUAAAAGCUUUGGAUCUUUCUUAUAGAUACACUGAAUUGGCAGUGGAGGUUAAACUGGAACUGUGUAUAUACGCAAUUGUAUUACUUGUUUGUCUUCAACACUCUCUCAGCCUUGACCUUCCAGUAAAUCCUUAUUUUGUGUAUCAGAUUAUGAUCAUUAUGUGUCAAAUAAGGCAUAAUUCUAUGGCUAUCAUCCGGAUGAAAUCCAGCGAUCCCAAUGCUCCACAAGAUCCUAAUAGAAAAUUCUCAUCCGAUGAAGGUGCUUCAGCUACUACAAUAGAACAGGUCAGCAUUGGUCCAGCUAUUUAUGCCGUUGGCAGUUUGUUCAACCAUUCUUGUCGUCCAAACAUUCAUGCAUAUUUUCUUGCUUGUACUCUCUACAUCCGAACAACAGAACUGGUGGAAGCAGGUUGUUCCCUGGAGUUGUCUUAUGGUCCACAGGUUGGGCAACAGAACUGUCAAGACCGCCUUAAAUUUCUGGAAGAGAAGUAUUAUUUUCGAUGUCAGUGUGGAAGCUGUUCUGUUGUGAAUCUCUCUGAUCUUGUUCUGAGUGCUUUUCAUUGUGUUCAUCCUCAAUGCUCUGGCAUGCUUUUGGAUACAUUUGACAUAAAAUCUAAAUCUGAAAAACUUAAGCAGUCAAGACAUGCUGGGGACUUUUAUAGCUUGGAGCCUUAUGUACAGGUAGAGAAGCUUGGUGAUCUCUAUGCUGGUGAAAUGGAUCACAACGCCUUGGCGAAAAUUUAUAGCUCCCUUCGUGCAAGUGUAGGAUUUUGCUUGAAGUGUGGGUCCCAUUGUGACCUGGAAUAUUCUCGCCUGAUGGUGAGUGAAGCUUUGGGAAAUAUUGAAAGGUUGCGGCAUGGAAUAGUUAGAAAAGAACUGUCCAGUUCUUUACUUUCUGAUGCUUUAGAAUCUCUUGAUCAGCUGAGAAGAAUGUUGCAUGCGUAUAACAAAAGCAUUGCAGAAGCAGAGGAUAGUAUUGCACAAGCAUUUUGCUUCAUUGGAGAGCUGCAGUGUGCGAUUAAGCACUGCAAAUCAUCAAUUCAGAUUCUGGAAAAGCUUUAAAGUCCUGAUCAUGCUGUCAUUGGAUAUGAACUGGUGAAGCUCUUCUCCAUUCAGCGAUCAUUGAGUGAUGUUGCUGCUGGAGAGACCUUGAAUCGACUGGGAGUAAUCUUUGAGUAUCACUAUGGUUUCCAUGCAGAGGUUGUAUUUCCAUAUCUUAGAUCAUUCAAGAGGGAAGCAAGAAAAUUGUGUGAGGUGGAAGACUCUUGAAGGUGCCAAGUAUGGCAGUUCUGAACUCGAUUUGAAGGGUUUUCUUUUCUCUCUCUAGAAAAGUAAUAUUCCCAUGUUUUUCACAUUUGUUAAUGAGAUUUAGUGCAUUGGUAGCAUUGGUGGAUGGUGUGCAUAUUUUGUAGGACUGCUGGCAAUGAACCCAGCUGAAA